UUUCUUUCAUAUAUUCCUUCCUUUUUUCAAUGUCUACUUCAUUUAUACCCUUUUCUCUAUUAUCUGGUUUCUUUGCUGCUUUGUCCUCAGUAUUUGCGAAAUUAUUUACCGAUGAAAGAACUGCGAUCCUAGUUGAUACAUUCACUAACUAUUACUCUCAGUACGACACGUUUCUUAAAAUAGACACCCAGGUAAUUCUACUUGCUAUCCGUGGUAUAUGUUUUUUAUUGAUCUUUGGUUGUAACUCUCUUAUGUGGACUCUUUUCACUAAAGCUCUUCAUGAUGCUCCUUCUUCUAUUCAAGUCACUAUAAUCAAUGGCGCGAUGAAUCUUGCCACGUCUGCUAUCAUGGGAUGGAUUAUUUUUCAGGAACCUUUAGCGUUACGGUGGUGGAUUGGAGCAAGUUUCAUGUUGGCAGGCACAAUCUUGAUCUCACAGUCUCAAAAACGAAUGGCGGAAAAGAAAAAGGAUUGAACUAUCAUGAUGGAAUAGUAUAGUUUAUAGAAUUGUAGCCUAGUAUUUUAUUAGAAUAGCAUCCAUUCAAAUAAUAAUAAGAAUAAAAAAGUACA